AUGCUUCAAUAUAACAAUUCAAAAAAUUAUCAUCGUAAAAAGCGUUCACCUAGUAGUAGCGAGAGAGAUAGAAGAUCAAGAGAACAAAGACACGCAAUAUUGAAAGCUUUAUUUCCUGAUGUGCCAAUGAAAAAAAUAAAUUAUUUAGAAACUUAUGUGACAUUUGGUCUUCUUUAUCUUGUCUGGAUUGUCGGACGUGUUGUUGAGUACCUAUAUGAAGUUCGCUGCACUUUACCUGAUUUGAAUUGGUUAAGAAAUGUUUGGCAUUUUAGACGAGCACACGGACAGAAUGGCGGAAAUAACGAGGGAAAUAAUGGCGGAAAUAAUGAACAAAUGAAUGAAAUCCACCAACCAAUACAACAACAAAUACAUCCACAAUUACACCCACAAUUACACCCACCAAUACAGCCACAUGUAAAUCCACCAAUGCAGCCCCAAAACAUUAUUCACCAUCAUCCUCCACACCACCCUCACCAACACCAACCAAUACCAUGGUUUCAACAUCCACAACAUCAACCAGCAGUUUCAUAUUCCGAUGAUAAUUAUCCAAAUAGUCCAUCUUCUUCAAGCAAUACACAAUCAGUAUAUCCAUCUGUCUAUCAUCUAAAUCAACCACAAGAUUUUGAUGCUGAUGAUACUGAAAGUAUUUCUUCAGAUGGACAUUCACCACCAUCUCCAAGUUAUUCUGCCCAAGAUCGUAAACGUCGUUCUAUUCCGUUAAUGAGCCAGAAUUAUAAAGAAGUGAAAAAUGACGAUAUUCAACAAUAUAAUUCUGAUAAAAAUCCAAUUAUUAAUUCUGAUUCAGACCAAAAUAACAGCAAAAGUCAAGAUACUCAUUUAAUAAAGGGUAACAAGAAAAUUAUUGAAGAUAAUCCACAACAGCAAUCCACAGGUUCUGUGAUUAAAAAUUUUAAAAAUUAUUAG